CUGAUAUUUGGCCCUAGAUGAGGGAUUUUUUCCAUCGCUGGGGACAAGGGAACUUGCGUCAACGCUUGCAUUCAACUCACCGCCAUCUAGGACUAGGAUUACUUGGAAAUUGUUCGUCUAAACGUCUAUAAAUAAUAUCUCGACUUUACUCGCAUUGUACUCUGCCAGCGCACCUACUCCUCAGGUUACCAACUCGAAUUAAUGGCAGCUAUCAAGUCUAUUGCUGAACCUGGCUACACGGGACAUCGCUCCUCGAGUGCACUCAGAUGCGAUAACGAUCAACACGCGAUUGGGUGUAGAGGAUACCCACCCGGGCGGAGUACAGGUGCACCUUAGGCAGUGGGAAGUAGCCCUCACCCUAUAGAUGAGGGACUAAAAGAGAAAGAAUAAGAAGGGAGUAAGAGAAAAGAACUCAAUUCAAAAGAACGAGCGAAGACGAACCCAGGGCUUCGGAUCUUGUUGGGAAGUCUACGUGCACACUUUCAGAUGCGACGGACCACAUGUUAUACUUCCGAAUCCUCGAGGCUUUGUCGGCCCCUGGCUCCCGGAAGCCAGUAACGGUCAGAGCAACGGCUCAAAUUCCUGAGCACAUGGCCGUUGAAGUGUCGAGUUUUGAGCUCGGCUUGGAGCCGGAGGCAGUUUCAAGCGUCCGCAACCACGCCCACCCCCUCGACGAAGGGAAGCCCCGUCUUUUGGAUCGAUGGCUUGAUGUUGUUGUGGCAGCCUCUGGUUCGAGCUUUGCACUUCUGGCGACGAUAGCUAUCGUCCUGCUCUGGGCAAUCAUGGGUGUUCGCUAUGGAGGUUCAGAGGACUGGCAAGUUGUCAUAUCAGAUGUCCAGGCCGUUUUCUGCUACGUCUUCGACUCUCUCCUCAUGCGGCAGCAACUCAACUCGUACGAGAGCAGUUUUAGACUUGCAGCAAGCUUUCAAUCCCGAGCCGUUGGCACUAGGCGCAUGUUGAGACAAUUGAAGAGUCAGGAGGUGGCCGAUCAUAUUCCAGCUGGAGAUAUCGCGAUCCAACACAAUUCGAUGUGGUCAACCAGAAUACCUCGUGACGGAUUGAUCACGAGGGCCAUCCUUUUUACUGGCCGCUUUUUGAGCCAUGUGGUAACCUUGACAAUGUUUUGGGUCUGCAUCUUUAUUUGGCUUGGCUUUGGGUGCUAUUGUGACUGGAGUGUGCGUUGGCAACUAUACAUCAACUCUGCGACAUCGGCCUUGAUGAUGAUUUGCUUUGCCAUGAUCGCUUGCAUCAGAGAGCUGAACCGGGCACGAACCAACGCCCAUCUUCUGCACAUCUCCCAGCUCGAUGAGGCUCUGGAAUUCCAACUCCGUCAAAUGACUGGCGACACGGACCCCAACGCGGAGAUUACUAUCUAUCCCUGCAAGGUCAACCGCCUUCACCGAGCAAUCUCGUAUUAUGCCGACCUGGUUGGCACACUUGUGGGUAUUGUUCUGCUGAUGACGAUUGUAGUUGUCUGGGUUGCCAUUGGGCCAAGCUUACAUUUCAGCUCCAGUUGGUGGUUGAUUAUCGGGACCUACGCAGGCCUCAUUGGCAUGCAUGAUGGCUUUGUCCUUCACAACCUCCAGUCUCAGCUGAACCAGCACCGUGAACUGGCCAUGGCAGAGGCUUGGCCAGAUGACGUCGACAAUCUUGCGGUCAUUGGCCUCACCGCGGUGCGAUCCCGUGCCGCCACUAAUACUAAGGUCAGCAUUGCACGAUGGUUGUCAUGUCGGCUGUCGUACAUCUGUGCACACGAGUACGCCGUCAUUUUGGGCAUCAUUUUGAUUGUCGGGCUUGUUGUUGCGGCUACCGCUCUGAAAUGGUCAGUGACCGGCCAGCUGCUGUGCAAUAUUCCUCCCAGCAUCAUCGAGACAUUCAUCAUGAUGGCACUAAUCACGAGUCAGAGCCUCGAUGAAGCGACACAGCGCGAGCACUUCGAGCAGCUUGAGAUUGCGCGGGAGACGUUGAAACAAUGGGUGGCUAGAGUCGGGGUUGUCCGAAUUGAGGAGAACGACAAGGCGCCGAACGUGAAGAUUGAGACAUGCACGUCCCCGGCACAUACGGAGACAUCAGGGUUGGUAGCAGAGGAUCAAGUUGCAUGACCGACUGGUGGAUUCAGAGAUGGAGUGAUAUUUUUUGAUCGCGUUUGAUCAGCCAAAUUGUUGUCAUCCGUAGACAGGGUGCCCGUCAAGUUUUUUGAACCAUUCAACAUGGCCAGAAGUAGUAGGGUUGCAAGGCGUGAAGAUUGUAAAAACAAUCGUGGGCGCUGAAUCAUCAAACACGGCUCUUUGCUCGCAGAAUGGCAAUUUCUCGACACUUCUCAGUAACAUGUAGAAAGGGAAAUCUAUUUGCAUUCACUCUUUCCAAGGGAUGAUCUGUAGGCACGUCCGGACGACCUGGAAAGGAGACAGAUAAACCCUCAUUUAAGUCUCAAAGUACAAAUCCUUCUGAGGACGGACAAAACGAAUAUUGGGAAACGACUCGGAUCGGUGAGCGGGGGGGCUCUCAUCGCCUUUGGGUUUCGAGGGAUAACUUCCCGAAGCAUAUGGGUAGCAACCCAACUUGAAUGGAAGAUUGUCUUUUGCCUUGUUGUCGGAUCCGCAAUUCAUCGCCAUGAAGUGCUGGCACAAUCUCCGCCGGCAUAUCAAGAUUCGUUGGUCGCGUCUGGCCAUUUUUCGUAAGACAGAUUGUGACCUAGAGUCCUCUUACAAUUCUUCCGACUCAGAGACCUACGGAACGAACUCAGCCGGAAACUGGAUCACCAACCAGACAAGUUCAACCAUUUCAGAACUCACAGCAACGAUCUUGAUUCUCUAUCGAACGACUUUAUCUUCUUUCCCUCCACUUUCGGUUUGCGAAAGUGCAUAUCUCUGUCAAAUUCCUUACAUCUGCCCCUCGAGAGACUAUGCCAUUCGUCUGUGUUCUUCCCACUCUCAAUGCCUUCGUUCGGUGAUUUUGAAGUCCCAUCUCUUUCGGACUUCUUGUUUCUCUGCCCAGGGCUAGACUUUAGUUCAUGUACAAUAUUUCAUGCUCCUCAAGUUCUUCAUGGACCGAAAAACGUUGCCUUUGCCGAAUAAGGCUUCCAAUCUCUCCAAUGAAGACCGCGACUGAACGAGAUUUGCCUCGCCGUUGGCAGAGUUCAUAACAGUGAACUACAUUGUCUAGGCCGCUUUUCUCUGCACCGCUCUUGUAUUUGUGCUAUGAUCAUUGGUUCGACAUUUUUGAUGCUGUAGUAAAUUUCCUCCGAUUUUGAACUCAUGGCGAAUCUUAUUCAUCGAAUGCGAUCAGAGUGGUCUUGAAGAUGUCAAGGAUUGGUAUGGGCAUCUUCGCAGGGGUAAGUGGCAUGGGUUUAAAUAUCUGUCUUCUUUUGUCGUCCAACAUAUGCGGCCACACUAGAAGUAUUUCUUUCGAAGCCGGGAUCCAUUACCAUCAAAAAUAUUCGAUCCUAACCCUGUGUAGUGUUAGAACCAACCCAAAAUUCUACAUGGCCGCGCGUCCGUCGAUUUGUGUCAACGUACUCCGUAAGCUUUUGCCUA